AUGAUUAAGAUUGAUCUGAAGAAGGCAUUUGACAUGGUGGAUUGGGAAUUUCUCAUGCAGGCACUCGUUGGUUUUGGUUUUCCCCAACGGUAUUGCGGGUGGAUUAGAAAAUGUGUAAAUAUGGCCUCUUAUUCAAUCUCCCUCAAUGGCAGCAUCUAUGGAUAUUUUAGCGGACAACGCGGUUUGAGGCAAGAGGUUGGAAUCACCCAUCUAGUUUACGUCGAUGAUUUGAUGUUGUUUGCCCGUGCCGAUAAAACCUCCAUCAAUGUUUUAGCGGGCUGUUUGGAACAAUUUGGUUGUGAGGCGGGGCUAAAGGCCAAUCCGUUGAAAUCUCACAUAUAUAUGAUUAGGGUUGAUGUGGGGAUGAAGGGUCAGCUCCUACAGAUAACUAGAUUUCAAGAAGGAACUUUUCCAUUCUGGUAUUUGGGUAUUCCAAUUGCGACAGAGAAAUUACAGAUUGCCAACUAUGACCCCCCUACUUGA